AUGCUUUUCGGCAUGAAUGAGGCGAUGGAGAGGUCGCGUAGAUUUUGGGACCUAAAUCGUGGAGAAUGGGUUCCACUUACGCGCGGUGGAUAUCGAUGUUGUCGGUGUCAAGUUUCAUUCACCCUCGAGAAAGAGGCUUCACCCGAGGAGUCAUCCACCUGCAAGCUGCCUCAGGUCACUGUUAAGGCGGAGGUUACUCCAUUCCAAAAGACAGAACGUCGUUCUGGACGGAUAAAGCAGUUCACCACGGAGAUGAGAGGGUCGCGUUUCGAGUCAGUGUACCUCACAUGCAAGUGCAUGCAUAAGGAGGUUUCCUCUCCCGAAUAG